AAACGACGUUUAAACAAACAUCUGUUUUAUCCUUUAAAUAUUAUACCUAAUACUCCACUUUGAAUAUUUUUUUAUAUUACUUUUCACUACAUUUAUCCCAUACAUAUUUGCAUAUCUAAACUAUAUAUCUAAUCUGUUCUGUAAACGCAAACAACAGCUACAGUUUACAUAUGCUUUGAUUUUUCAGACAUCCUACUUAAACAAUACUCAAGCCAGCUACACAAUUCGAUAAUAUCAAUAAUAACAAACAAUACAUGGCACAGUUAUCGCAAGAUUAACGAUAUCUCUGUUUAUCAGUUCUUUUUAAAUAUCCAAUAAGCAAUAUCGAGCAUUGAAUUAUCCUAAAGAUAGUUAGGAAUCCGACGGUCCCGUGCAAACGUGCUAGUACUCAAGGCGAAAGAGCGUAUUAUCAGAAAAUCGCAAGGACAGAUCAGUUCCAUAGUUGCGAAGAAUACAGGACAAAGCGGAACGUUCUCCUUGAGACGCGUGCUCUCGAUAGUUGCGGUACAGGCUUCGGAGUUAAAUGAUCGCACGGUCGGCCAGUGAUAAUAGUUAGAGAGUAGCAUCCCGGAAAAUACUUUCUCCGCCGGCGGUAUAAAGCCCCAGCGCGUUAUAAGUGGCGCGGUAUUACGUGGCAGGAUCGUUGAUGGUGAAUCGUUGUGUCGAGUGGUGGUCGAUUUUUACUUAGCUCCGGCAACGCGUUUAUAUUACGAUCACGCGCGGUUCUACGAGGCGUAUCCGCGAAAAUUCUUCGGUUUUAGAAGGAAAUAACAGAUGCGCACCAUUUUUGUUUUAUACCAUUUUACCGAAUUAUAGAUUCUUAUACGGCUAGAAGAAGAGACCUGGACACGAGUAAAAACAAAUGUCGAAUUCUAUCCUUAACUGCAUAGUGUCAAUGUCUGUGAUUAUUGCCUCAGGAUGCUUGUUCUACUUCUACGUCGUACUGGCGAAAGAGGAAGCGCAGGGCCAGCAGCGGCCAAAUAUUAUAGUUAUCAUGGCUGAUGACCUUGGCUGGAACGACGUGAGUUUUCACGGUGCCGAUCAAAUACCUACGCCGAAUAUCGACGCCCUGGCAUACAAUGGCGUGAUACUGCAACGACAUUACGUUUUACCGAUUUGUACACCGUCGAGGACAGCCUUUCUUACCGGGCGUUAUCCUAUUCGGACAGGAAUGCAAGGCUACCCGCUGAAGGCAGGUGAAGAACGCGCGAUACCUUUGAACAAUACGCUCCUGCCAGAAUACCUACGAAAAUUGGGAUACGCCACGCAUCUUGUAGGAAAGUGGCACGUUGGCUAUUAUAGCGAUUAUCAUACACCGGCCCAUCGUGGUUUCGACACCUUCUUGGGAUAUUACAGUGGUUACAUCACAUACUUCAAACACACCAUCGAGCAAAACCUCCACGUUGGAUAUGAUCUACAUUACGACGUCGCAGGAAACUUAUCCGUCAAGUACAGCCACGAAUAUAUGACAGACCUUAUAACGGAAAGGGCCGAAGAUAUAAUUUUCAAUCACAAUCGCAGCAAACCUCUGUACCUUCAGUUAUCCCAUGUUGCCGCUCAUUCUAGCGACGCUAAGGCAAAUAUGGAAGUCCGCGAUGAAGAAGAAACGAACGCCACGUUAGGCUAUAUCGAAGACUUUGACAGAAGGAAGUUGGCAGGCGUGGUUACCGCCAUGGAUGAAUCUGUCGGUAGAGUUGUCCAGGCGUUGAGGCAGACUAACAUGCUGGAAAACUCGAUUAUCGUUUUUAUGUCUGAUAACGGUGCACAGACUGUGGGUCUUUUGAACAAUUAUGGAUCAAACUAUCCUCUGCGUGGGCUGAAGUUCACGCUUUUCGAGGGCGGAGUUCGUGGAGUAGCGUGCGUUUACUCGCCAGCGAUAAAAAAUCCGUCCAGAAUUUCAAACCAAUUGAUUCACGUGACCGAUUGGCUACCAACAUUUUACUCAGCUGCCGGCGGUAAUUUGGAAGAUCUGGAGGAAAAUCUUGACGGUGUGGAUCAAUGGGCCACUAUCGUUUCUGAAAAAAAGACCAGGCGUAAGAACGUAUUAUUGAACAUCGACGAGAAGCAAGCUCUUUCUGGAGCUCUAAUGGGAAGAUACAAAUUGAUCAAUGGAGCGAAUGUUUCGUACGGCGAUUACUACGGCGACAGCGGCACGAGUGAAUCGUACCCAGAGUACAACGUAUCCAACGUUUUGCAUUCGGCAGCCGGUUCCGCUCUUGCCAGCGUUUCGAACGCGACGUUCAACAGCGAGCGUAUAAUCGACCUUCGACGAGCGGCCACGGUUGUUUGCGAUAAUUUUACAAGUUAUCCUAGGUGUCUGGACAGAUGCUUGUUCGACGUCUACAACGAUCCUUGCGAAACUACGGACGUGUCGCGCGAACAUCCGGAGGUUGUCGACGAGUUAAAUCGCUUCAUCGCUGAGUACUUCGCAGUUCUAAAGACUCAAACGUCCGGUCUAGUGGAUCCACGUUCUUAUCCCGAGCACUUCAAUGGAACCUGGAUGCCCUGGAUAAAAUUACCCGACGAUGAAAUUCGACUUCUUAACGGUCGAUAAUCUGCAUGGAAAGAAUACGAAAGAACGAUACAUUGCAACACGUAUCAACGUGUACAGAGAAGCAGCUUUACACGUUUGAUCACGAUUUCGUACGAAGCCUCUAUACGUCGAAUUUUCGUUUGUUAAAGCAUCGUUUUUAUUUGUUAAAUAAAAAAUCGACCGGAUGAGACGGC